GGGAACGCCCCCGUCCUGCAGGCCGCAGACAGAUCUGCAUCUGGACAGAAAACUGCAGUGCAGCAGCCGACCCGCUUACCAGCUACGGAACUAUGGGCGGAAUAACACAUGUCUACGGCUGUCACACUGACUCCUUCCACGUGGGCCCAUAAACAUGUCCACAGAUGACAGUAUCUCUGAGGAUGUGUCCAGCUCGGGGGCUUUGAGCCACUGCCAUGUCAGUCCUGACGGGGAUGGGGGAAAGGAGAGUGAGACUUCGCUGGUGUCCUCUGAGGGGACAUCGGCCUCGGGCCUGGCAGGCUCAGAGGAGAGACACACAACCUCGCAAACGACAAGAGGCACCGUGGAGAGCACACCAGCAUGCAACAAGAUCAGAAGUCUUUGUCUGAACACAGAUGAAGUGUUUGAACAAGGGAAGAACCUCCCCUUCAUCAACCCAAGCUCCCUUGAGACCCUUAGGGCCCUGGUGCAGGAGAUCCAGAGCAGCGGCGAGACGGACCCUGAGAUCUGGAAGGAUUGUGAGGGUCGAUGGUUGCAUCUGUUCCAGCUGGUUGAAAAGCAAUACCAAGAGCAAAUACUCGCUCAGCAAGAACAAUACCAGUGCCAAAUACAGCUGAUUCAGGAUGAAAUUAAGGCGCUGGUUCAGCUCCAGAACCGCCAAGCCAGCGUCCAUCCACACACGGAGUUCUCUAUGACUCCAGUGACCAAAAGUACCGCGACCACAAUGGACUUUAUUUUCCCCCUCAUCUCCAGUGACUGCACAGUUCUCAAAAAUGUGCCAAGUGACAUUGGCGGUUUGGCGGCCCCUGUCCAUACGUCAUUUAGCUCUCCUUCACCUCCGCUUCCCAGAUCAGAGACCAACAACCAGGUGGAGGAGCGGGCGACCACAGUGCUCAGCAGUGGAUACGGCACCCUGUCCGCUUGGGAUACUGGUCUGGAACCUGCUGGGUCUCCAGGGGGAGAUGUGGAGGAUGAUCAGGGACAAGACAAGCAUCAGUGGAGCCCUAACCUCCGGGGGGACACCGAAACAACAGUGACUGGAUGCCCGGUGGACUUCACCAAUGACGGGAUUGUUGGAGUGAUUGGGCCAAAACCUGUAGUAAACCAGCAGCAAACAUCUGGCAGCAACGUCCAGCCGUUGACCUCCUGGGCCCAGAGGCAGAAACUCAGAUCCAGAAAGGGCAAGUCGGGACAGGCAUCUCAACUCCCUAUGGACCAGAAGCAGCUUCACAGCUUCAGAGAGCCCAACAAACCACCACCACUGGAGGGAACGGACUCCCAGGAACAGCAUCAAUCGGUUGAGCCGUCUUCCAGCUUUUUUCCCCUGAUGAGGAGCGACAGCUUGAUGUCUGAGGCAUCAGGCCUGACUUACUGGCGACUGAAUGAGUGUGAACUGUACCGCCCUCUACCGGACAGUAUGGACAGCGGCGCCUACCUCCUUCUGCAAGAGGCAUCCAUGAGUCUUCCUCCAUCUCAGGAGUCUCGGCCGUCUCUCAGAGAGAUCUAUCAGAACAAGCAAAAAGAUUGUAAACGGUCCAACUGGGAAGGGUAUAUCACUUCCAGACCCUUGUCACCACAGGCAUUUACAUUGGACCCGGCAGCUACCACGCGGCAGUCAGAUCGUACUUCUGGCUUCACUUCGCCCUCUUACUUCAGCAGCCCCUCUUACGCGGCUCAGCCCCACCUCUACCCCAGAGUUGGGACGCCGGUGACCCCUGACAGCCUGGUGGAGGGCAGUCACAACCCGGGAGAUACAGACUACAUCUCGGACACCUCCAGUGUUUCUGCCGCCGGACCUUCCCCACUCAAGGUGCAAAGGUUCUGGGGAGCUGCACCCCAAGCAGUCCUGUCUACCUCCAGGGAUAAGUUUCAGACCUCCCACACAUCCAGCCAGCAGCGCAGAGCCAGUGCCCCCUUAGCCAGCGAGGAGGAGGGAAGUCAUACUCACACCAGCACCUUGAAACCGUGUUCAGCCUCCGGUUCCAGUCUGCAGCCCGCCGUCACUCCUCAUCUACAGAGAGCUUCAUCACUGGAGGAUCCUGUUGUCCUGUCUCUACUCAGACAGAACCUGAGAGAAAAGCACUCCCGACACGUGGCUGAUCUGAAAGCGUAUUACGAGUCUGAGAUCCAAAUCCUGCGAGACAAACUCAAGCUCAGAGAUCUGCCCCAGGACUUAGAAAAGGGAAACCAAGCCCUGACAGAGAGGUGCAAACAUCUGGAAAAAGCUCUAGCUGAUGCCACCAGCAGUGUGCAAGAAUUAGAGGCAACAAACAGCUCGUUGGAGAAAGACCUGGCAGAAUGGCCUGACCGCUACGCCGUGGCAGCUGCCACGGUGAAGUCGCUGCAGCAGCGGCUAGAUGAGAGCAAACGCUCGGGCAAAGAGAAAGACGCCCUGACGACGCGAUUGAAGGCUCGCAUACGGCAGCUGGAGGAGGAGGCGCAGGAGGCCUGCAGGGAUGCCAGCGAGAAGGAGGCGAAGAGGGAGAGAGAAUACAAGAUGCUGCAGGAUCUGCUCGGAGGGUACGACUGUCUGAGGAAAGAGCACGAAGCAGUGAAGAACAACCUGGCGUCAGCAGAGAACAAGCUGGGCCACGCUAACGAUCAGAUAUCAGACUUGAAGAGAGCCAUCUCCAAGCUGGAGUCUCAGGUGAAGCAGCUGGAGCACGAGAACCAGGCCAGGAUCCGCUACGCUUCCCACAGCAUUGCUCAACCUUCAGGAGCUGGUCUUUUCCACCAUCCGGACCUGCUGCUGUCCCCUGGUAAAAACAGGGUGGAGCCAGACGUUGGGCGCAGGAAGUCGCCCUGUUCUCCGUCCGACCAGGCGAGCAGAAGCAGAAAGUCACUGAUUUCUACAAACAACCACUCGAGCGUCCACAAGAGGGCGCCGUAUCUGACUGGUCUGUCAUCGGGAACUGGAAGCUCCCUGGAAACCACCUCAGCUAGCGGGAACUGGAGGUGUGAUUCUCCUCCAGAGUGUGAGCAGAAUCAGACCAGACAGCCAGAGCAGAGCGCUGGUCAGCGGGAGGCCGGCCGGAAAGACGGAUCCAGCCCCCUCACGCCCAUGAUGAGGGCCCUCAUAGAGCUGGAGGAGACCAAAGCCACAGAGAGCCGGGCCCCAUGGUCAGGCCACCAGAGGACCACCGUCGGGUUUGUGGAGCGGAGGCUUAAAGAGGUGGUUCAGGAGCGAGCCGAGCUCCUUCAGGCAGACAGGGAGGCCAUGAAGCCCGGAGGAGCCGGGAUUGGAGCCGGGAUAGGAUCCGGGGUUGGAUCCGGGGUUGGAGCCGGGACCGGAGCCGAGCGAGGAGGGCCAAAAGGUCGCGGUGGAACUGAGAGAGCUGCUAAUCUGCUGAGAGCUGAGAGGAGUCUCUCUCCAGACGGCCACAGAUCCUCCUCACUGCCUCCUCCAGGACACAGGAACGUCCCUCCAACUACACCCACAAAGAGGGAGACGUUACUCGCGCCGCUGUCUGCCAAGUCCAGCCCCAAACGCUGCCCCACUGAGAACUACUCCACCUUGUUCGGUCACCUGAUGCCAAGAGAGGAACACCUGGUCCAGAGGCCCGAUGAACCAGUUAAUAAAAGACGUCACUCGUUCCACAUCAGCAGUCCCAAGAAGAGACUCCAGUUCUCCUCAGCGGACAGACAUGACCUCCAGGAGCCGGAGUCGUCCGGCGGCGUAAAACCGCUGGAUGGAAACUCCCGGCUGGGCUGGGAGGAGCAGCAGGUGUGUAGUGGACCCGACUUGCUGGACGCCUGCGAGGACUGGACUCUCCAGGGCCUGAACAGACCCCAGUCCCUGGCCGAGGCAGAGAGGCUGUUUGACGAGCUGACGCAGGAGAAACUGCAGAUUGAGGCAGCUCUGAGCCGGAUGCCUGGAGCAGGCGGCAGAGUGAGUCUACAGACCCGUUUAGAUGAGGUGGCCUUAGAGAACCGUCUGGAGAGACUGAACCGGGAGCUGGGAUCCCUCCGAAUGACUCUGAAGAAAUUCCACGUCCUCCGCUCUUCUGCCAACAUCUAAGCGUGUCCGUCCUCUCACAUCAGUGUCUUGGUUUUUUUGCACAGCAUUGACUGUCCUCCGGUCUUCUUCUGUGCCAUCAAUCAUCUGUACAGCGACGACAACAACUUCCUUUUUAUACGUAUUCCUCGUUACUCUGGGAUAUUUUUGAUAUGUUGACAACAUUGCAAUAUUUGGAGUAUAUUUUUAGUAAAACACAGAUUUGUAAAGUCAUUUACUUUUCUAGUCACUGAAAUAUUGAAAUGAUAAACAUUUUACCUAAUGAAGUAGAAUUUUUCUGAAAAAAUGCUUGUUUAAAUGUGAAAAUUCAGAAAAUCACAGACAUUUUUUCAUCUGCGAAUUACCACUGCCAUUUUUUUGUAUGAGCAUUUUAAAAGUUGUUUCAUUUGAGAAAGUAUUGACUUUAUUAAUGUUUUCACUUGUCAGUUUUUUUUUUCUUGUUUCAUUUCACUUUGGGCCAAAUUUGUAGAAUCUGAAGGAAAUGUUUGUUUACUUGAAUCAAAUUGCCUUUUUCUUUGUUUACAUUCCGCUUCUGUUCCUUUUAUGUGUUUUCUGGUGGUUUUUUUUUGCUGAAAUACUGGAUCCGUUGGACCAGAACUGGACCAGCACUCUCACAGUCUCCCUCAGAGUCACCGGGCCCCUGAAAUCUUCAGUCAGCUGACUCUGUCAGCCACGAUACUUCUGCAUGGAGGAUUUGCGCCGCUUCCUUUCGUCUACGCAGUUUUCUCGCAGCAACACGACUUUCACUGGACCUGUAAUGUUAUUGCACAAUAAAUGAACUUUUUUUCACAAAAAUAAA